AUGUCCAGAAACCCAGGCAACAAUGAAAAAGAGCCCAUAUCUAACAACACAACGUUUACCAACGAACCUCUCGGCCCUACCCCUGAACAGCUGGAAGCCCUGCCUCGAGUUGCCGACAAGAUCCCCUACAUGAUAUUCAUGGUCGCGAUUGCGGAAGCAGCUGAGAGAUUCAUCUUUCGCUCCAUAACAGGGCCACUCCAGAACUAUGUUCAGAACCCUCUACACGAUGACCGUCUUCCCGGUGCCCUUGCCAAGGGACAAGCAACUGCUACGGCCAUCGGCUAUUUCUUUCAAUGUUGGUGCUUCCUGAUGCCGAUCUUAGGAGCUGUCGUAGCAGAUUGUCAUCUGGGUCGUGUGAAAACAAUACUUCUUGGAAGCAUCACCGCCACUAUUGGCACUUUGAUUCUCUUCCUCACCUCUUUGCCCGUGACCUUGGAGAAUGGAGCCGGAUGGCCUGGGUUAUUGGUGGCCUUGAUAAUUAUUGGAUUGGGUGCGGGUGGCAUCAAAAGCAAUGUCGGGCCUCUCGUGGCCGAUCAGUACACGGGCAAGAAGCCAGUGAUCAAGAUCAUGUCCGACAACCGUCGUGUGAUUUUAGACCCGGAUGUCACUGUUCAAAUAAUCUACAGUCGCUAUUAUUGGCUAAUUAACAUUGGCUCUUGCGCGGGUCUCAUUGCGCCGUGGGUGGAGCGUAAGGUUGAGUUCUGGGCGACGUUCUUAAUACCGCUCUGCAUCUACGGCUGUGCCACUGUGGUACUGAUAUUCUGUCGUAACAAAUAUAUUACCCGGCCACCGCAGGGCUCAAUUGCUAUCCGUGCUACUCACGCCCUCUGGAUUGGCUUUAAGAAAAACAGGACAAUGGAUCAUGCGAAACCAUCCUAUUUGAGGCAGCAGCAAGGGGAAACAAUAGAUCUACCCUGGGACGACCAGUUUGUGGACGAGAUCAAGGUGGCUUUGAUGGCAUGUCGAGUGAUCCCCAUUUUCUGGUUAUGCUAUGGCAACACAGUUGGGAAUCUCAUCAGUUUGGCCGGGCUCAUGAAUACAAUGGGGCUCCCUAACGACUUCCUCGCAGGAAGCAUUAACCCUCUCAGUAUCCUCAUUUUACUACCUUUGUUCGAGCGAGUACUCUACCCUUCAUUACGUCGGGUUGGUAUACCAUUCCGGCCCAUUUCGCGCAUCACCUUUGGCUUCUUUAUCAUGUCGGGGGCCAUAGCAGUGGCCGCAGGGCUACAAUCACUCGCUUACAGCUCACCCCCUUACUCUGUGAAUUUCCUAUCAAUUCUGCCCAUUUACGUCUUGACAGCGCUGUCUGAAAUUACCGCAUUCCUCAGUAGCAUGGAAUAUGCCUAUACGAAAGCACCCCGGUCCAUGAAGAGUCUGGUCGCUUCAGUCAACCUGCUCCUCUGCGCUCUGGGCUCACUGCUUGGGUUGGCGAUUUCACCCACCUCGAGGAAACCACAGAUCUUAGUGCAGUUUGCCUGCCUCAGUGGCAUUAUGUUUGUCUCGGCGAUUAUUGUUUACGUGGUCUUUUCCAAAUACAACAAGAUGGAUGAGAAAAUGAACCAGAUUGAGAGGGAGGCAGACAGCGACCGGGAGGAAUAG